AUGUCUGAUUUAGAAGAUGAUUUAUUAGCUUUAGCAGGAGGUGAUGAUUACGAAUCGGAAGAAGAAAUAUCACUGUCAAAACGUAAAAUAACGAAAGAUUAUUCAGAUGAUGAAAAUGAAGAUGAUACAGUAUUAGCAAAACGUCGAAAAGUUGAAUCAGAUGAUGGAGAAGAUGAAGUGGAAGAAGAAGAAGAAAUUGAUGAAGAAGAAGAACAACAACAACAACAACCAGAAUUAACUAAUCCAUAUCCCUUAGAAGGCAAAUAUAAAGAUGAACAAGAUCGUGAUGAAUUAGAAGAUAUGGAUGAAGUUGAAAGAGAAGAAAUAUUAUAUGAAAGAGAACAGGAAAUGGAAAGAUAUAAUGAAAGGAAAUAUUUACAACAACGUAUGAAAGCUCAACAUCAACAAAAAUCAAAACAAAAUGAAAAUUUAAGAAGUUCAAGUCGUGUUAAAGCAGGUGUAGUAAAAUCAAGUAAAGAAAAUAAAUUAAGUGAAUUAAAAAAACAAAGAGAAAAAGCUUCAAGAAGAAGAACUAGAAGACAAGAAGAUUAUGAAGAUGAAUCCGAAUCUGAAGAAGAUGAAGAAGAUGAUGAAGAAUUAGUUGGAUCAGAAGAUGAUUAUUUAGAUAAUGAAAAUGAAGUAAUAUGGGGUGGUGCAUCAAAACAAAGACAUAAAAAACUGACUAUACCAGGAAAAUUAGAAGAUGUGAACCGUAUUAAAGUUGGUAGAAGUAUAUUAGCACAAUAUUGUUAUCAUUCUGGAUUUGAAGAUGCAGUAAUAGAUACAUAUUCAAAAGUUAAUGUUGGAGUAGAUAGAACAACAAGAAAACCAAUUUAUAGAAUGGUUAAAUUAAUUGAAUUAAAAUCAAGACCAGAAAAACCUUUUAGAAUUGGUAAUUCAAAAUAUGAUUUAUAUUUCUUGGUUAGUCAAAAUAAAACUCAAAAAAAACCAUUCGCAAUGAAUAUGUUUUCAGAUUCUCCAAUAACACAAGAAGAAUUUGAUAAAUAUUUAGAACAAUUAGAUAAAACAAAUGAAUCAAUGGAUUAUAUUGAUGAUAUAAAUGAAAAAUAUACACAAUUACAACAAUUAUUUAACAAGGGACUUACAGAUAAAGAUAUAAAUGAUAUGAUUGCCAAAAAGCAACAAAUUCAACAACAAAAGGGAAAUUAUACUACAUAUGAUGCAGUAAAACAAAAGGCAAAAUUAAUGGAUGAAUUAAAAAUAAAUAAACAACAAGGUAAUUUAGAAAAAACUAAAAAUAUAAUUGAAGAAAUUAAAAAUAUUGAAAAUAUUUUAGAUAAUAAAUCAGAUUUAUCAACAAUAGAUUCAAACAUUAAACAACAAUCAAUAUCAAAAGUAAAUGAACGUAAUAGAAAAUUAAAUUUAGAAAAUAUAAGAAAAGCAGAAAUUAAAUUUAAAACUAAUUUAAAUAAUUCAAAUUUUGAUUCUGGUGAUCCCUUUUCAAGAUUAAAAACAACAACAAGAAUGUUUUAUCAAGAUUUAAUAAAUCAAGAAAAUGCUAAAGCACUACAAAAUGUAAAUUUACAAGAAUUAAUUGAUCAAAAAAAUGAACAAGAAGCUAAAAUUGCAUUAUCUACUUAUAGAGAUUUAGGAGAGAUGGAUAAAUUAAUUAAUUCUUUAGAUUUGGAAAUUGAAUUGUUGAUAUAA